UCAUGAAUCACCAGCACCAAAUCGCAACCAGCCCAGCCAUGGCGCAGCAGAGCCGCUCCCUCCAGGCCCUGCAGCCAGGGCUCUUGAACUUGCCCAGCGCUCUGACCGCGCAGCAGCAGCAGAAGUUGAGGCUCCAGAGAAUCCAGAUGGAGAGGGAGCGGAUCAGAAUGCGUCAGGAGGAGUUACUGCGACAGGAAGCUGCUCUGUGCAGACAACUGCCCAUGGACUCGGAGAGCAUGGCCCCGGUUCCGACUGCGUCUGCCAUGACACAAGACAUGAGGCCUGUUACAAAUAACGGAUCCGAUCCCUUCUUGAACAGCGGGCCGUACCACUCCCGGGAGCAGAGUACGGACAGUGGCUUGGGACUGGGAUGCUACAGUAUACCGACGACACCUGAAGACUUCCUCGGCAACGUAGAUGAGAUGGAUACAGGAGAAUCACUGGCACCCACUGCAAUGAACAUAAAUCCACAGCAAACACGCUUCCCUGAUUUCCUCGACUGUCUUCCAGGAACAAACGUUGAUCUCGGGACUCUGGAGUCAGAAGACUUGAUCCCUAUUCUCAACGACGUGGAGUCCGUACUCAACAAGAACGAGCCCUUCCUUACCUGGCUGUAA